GCCUGGCUAAGAAGUACUUCUUGUGAAGUUGCAGCUUCAUUGUCUGUGAUUGACUAGACACCACUCCAGGAGAAGAAAAUAGGAAUUGGAAGAAACAAUAAGAAAACUAGGAGACCAACAAUGGAGUCACUGAUUGCUGCAAAUACCAAGUUCUCCCUGGACCUGUUUAAGAACAUAACUGAAGAUAAGAAAACGGACAACAUCUUCUACUCUCCACUCAGCAUCUCCUCAGCUCUGGCCAUGGUGUACAUGGGCGCCCGGGGGAACACAGCUACACAGAUAGCUGAGGUGCUUCGCUUUAGAAAAGAGAAGAAACCUGAAGCUCCUGGCCUGCAACAACAACAAGUAAAAAGACAGCUUCCACCAGAGGUGCUAAAGUCUCUCUUUCAUGAAGCUGAUGAUGACGUUCAUGCUGAAUUCAACAAACUGAUGUCUGAACUCAACAAAGAGGGUGCCCCAUAUGCACUGAGCCUGGCAAAUCGCCUGUACGGGGACAAAUCGUUAAAGUUUGUGGAGAAAUACAUUACGGACACAAAGAAGUUCUAUCAGGCAGAGCUGGAGCCUGUUGACUUCCAAUCAGAUCCUGAGGGCGCAAGGGUGAACAUUAACAGCUGGGUGGAGAAGCAGACUCAAGAUAAAAUCAAGGACUUGCUGGCAAAGGGAGUUAUUAACAUCUUGACCAGACUGGUGUUGGUGAAUGCUAUCUAUUUUAAGGGUGAAUGGGACAACAAAUUCAAAGGGAAAGACACAAAGGAAGUUUCGUUCAAAUUGAGCAAGAAUGAAAGUCAGCCAGUGCAGAUGAUGCACCAGACGGCCAACUUUGGUUUGGUGUUCAUUCCCGAGGUCAACUCACGGAUUCUAGAGAUGCCUUACAUUGGUAAAGAGCUGAGCAUGCUCAUUAUUCUGCCCAGAGAGAUUGAGGAUGACUCCACAGGGCUUGAGAGGUUGGAAAGGGAGCUCACGUAUGAGAAGCUCUUAGAGUGGACACAGCCUGACAAGAUGGAGCAUAUUGAGAUAAUGGUGGCAUUGCCAAAGUUCAAGAUGGAAGAGACCUAUGACCUGAGAGAUAUUCUGGUCAGUAUUGGGAUGGAGGAUGCCUUCAAUGAGUCCAAAAGCGACUUAUCUGGCAUUUCUUCCAGCGCUAACCUAGUGGUGUCCAAAGUGGUGCACAAGGCCUUUGUGGAGGUGAACGAGGAGGGCACAGAGGCUGCUGCUGCCACUGCUGUCGUCAUCGGGGUGACAAGCAUCAGGCCACCACCAAUUUGGUUCAUCGCAGACCAUCCCUUCCUGUUCUUCAUCAGACACAACCCCACUCAGAGCAUCCUCUUCUAUGGCCGUUUCUGCUCCCCUUGAAGUCUUAAGUUCUGCAGUUUCCAGUUAUAAGCAGGAGUCUCAAGACUGUCUGCAUGUUAAAUGGCUCUGCAAUGCGUUUGACUUUGAAGAAUGUAAUUGAUUAAAUCAUGUUAAAAAAGUAUUGAAAAACUCUGCUGCAGUACAUUGUUGCCAUUAAUUUCCAUUGUAUCCUCUUUGAAAAUAUAAUACAGGCAUCAUACAAAAGAUUGCUUCCUGUCAGUUCAUUAUAUCUUACUCAAAACUAAAACCUAUAACAACUACUAAAGAUAACAUGCAAUAACCAAUAUCACAUUUCUCAUUUGUGAAAGUAAAGAAGUGCAAACCUU